UCCUGAUUGGUUUACCGACCUGUGACGAGUACACAACGGAGAAUCUGAUUGGUCAAAAGCUGGAAACCAGGUAGUAGAAGGAAACAACACACCACGAGUUUGUAGUAGACUUUCCCUGCAUUAAUCCGGGUGUCAAGCUUCUCAUCAUGGGCUCCCCUAUGUUCCCUCGUGAGUCUGGGCAGUUCAUAGCAGAGCAGAGUCGGGAUGUGUUUGUAGAGGAGGAAGGAGUGCAGAAUGUGGCAGAGAUGCUCUACAACCUCCGGCACAGUGACGAUCUGACCGCCAGUGGCUGGAAGAAGGAAAAUCCAUUGGCUCCAGCGCCCACGUCUGACCAGGCCUUGAACUGGGUAUUUGUGGUCGACACUAUGAAUUUCUCCUUUUGGCCUGAGACAGAAAUACAACAGUGUGAGGUGACCUAUAAAGGGACGACGUACACAGGUUACAUGACGCUGUGCGCUGCCAUUACCAGGGCCAUGGAGGAAGGUGUACCCAUCACUGAUCCUAAGUACUUCUCUAAAAUUAGUGUGGAGGAGUUGGCACACGUCCUACGAUCAGACAAUGAAACACCCAUGCCCAUGCUUCAGGAGCGCCACCAGGUGCUGACUGAAGGCGGCCGCAUACUGCUGGAACACGGCGGAAGCUUCCGGAGUUUUAUCAGCCAAGCUGGGAACGACGCCCGGAAGAUGGUGGAACUCAUCGUGGAGAAGAUCCCUUCCUACAGGGACGAAGCCACAUACGAGGGGAAGAGAAUCUCGUUCUAUAAGCGGGCUCAGAUCCUUGUGGCAGAUUUCUGGGGGGUCAUGGAGGCCAGAGGAGAGGGAGACAUCAUCGACAUGGACUGGCUCACCAUGUUUGCAGACUACAGGGUCCCUCAGGCUCUCGUCUACCUCGGAGCACUACGAUACUCUGAUGCACUGAUGCAGGCACUGAAAAACGGAGAGCUGCUGAGUUCAGGGGACAGAAGAGAGGUCGAGAUCCGAGGUUGUUCAAUUUGGUCUGUGGAGCUGAUCAAAGAUCGCCUUUUCAAGCUGGUGCAGGAGAGAGACGGACAGACGUGCAACGUCAACUCUGCAAUCAUUGACUUCUACCUGUGGCCUUAUGCCAAGAAACACCACAAAGAGAUGGCCCACAUUCCUAUACACCACACACGCUGUAUUUACUACUGACAAGGUGGCUGGCAGCAUUACAUACAGUAGGCUGCACUUCUCAGUGUGCAUUGGCACCGGUGCCUUUCCCUGGGAUAAAGCCAAGCAUGUCUCUGUGCCAGAUAUAUGUACAAAUGGGCUUCUCACUUGUUGUAAUGGAACAACAGGUGCUUAGCUUGUUUGUGUGAAUAGACACUGUUGGCCAUUUACAGUCAAUUGAAAUAUUUACUGUUCAUGUGGAACAUAUUCUGAAAACCUUCUCGCUGUCAUGGAGAGUAAGAGAUCAUAUACUGUAUGUGAACAUACAAUGGACACAUGCCUGCUGUAAUUCGAAAACGACACUGAUUAAACUGUGAAA